CUUAUAUGAACACCAACGAAAAUCACCCAAUUCUCUUCCUCCGUUUUCUUGUAGAGAAAGAAGAGAAUCCUUCUACAGAGACUGAGAAGAAAAAGCUCUGAACAGAGAUCGAACAUGGAUCCAAAGAUUACAGAAGUUUCACAGACUUUCGAACGAUUCAAAGCUGCUUUUGUGCGUAACGAUUUUGAUACUUGCACUAGGCUACUCUCCCAGCUCAAGGUUCUUCUGACCGCUUUCACGAGCUUGCCGCCCCUAUUCCAAGAAACAUCUAAUGCCAUCCAUGAGUUGACAAUUGCAAGAGAUAUUUACGAGCAUGCAGUUGUUUUAUCUGUGAAGAUGGAGGACCAGGAUGCUUUCGAGAGGGACUUCUUUCAGCUAAAACCCUAUUACACAGAUGCACGUGGCCGUCUUCCAGCUUCCCCACAGGAAUACCCUAUCUUAGGUCUCAACCUUCUGCGGCUUCUUGUUCAGAAUAGGAUUGCUGAAUUCCACACCGAACUUGAGUUACUUUCGCAGAGUGCUUUGGACAACCCAUGUAUAAAGCAUGCUGUCGAAUUAGAGCAAUCCUUCAUGGAAGGGGCUUACCACAGGGUGUUGAGUGCACGACAGACUGUGCCUGAUGCAACCUAUGCCUAUUUCAUGGAUCUGCUUGCAAAGACUGUGAGGGAUGAGAUAGCUGGAUGCAGUGAGAAGGCAUAUGACCGUCUUUCAACUAGUGAUGCUCGGCAAAUAUUGCUGUUCUCAUCAGACAAAGAACUACUUCAAUAUGUUGAGAAGGAGCAUCCCGAGUGGGAGAUGAAGGACGGGUUUAUCAUCUUCCAGAAAGUAAAAGAUUCCGUCCCUUGCAAGGAAAUACCGUCCCUUCAGCUCAUCACUCAAACACUCAGCUACGCAAGGGAGUUGGAGCGAAUCGUCUGAGAAGAUAUGCUACUCAUCUCCUUUUGUGAUUUCAGUAGUUGAACUUUUCUGUUGCUUUGAAUCGAAUUACUAUUCCUUUUAACUAAUAUUACGAAUUAAUGAUGAUGAAAAGGAUGCGUUACCAGGACCUAGUACUUGUAUCUCAACUAUUUUAUUCUGAAGUACACCUUUUUGUUUUGCU